UGAAAGCAGUAGUGAUACAUGGUGUUAAUUUAGUUCUUCAAUUAAAAAGAAAAGUGUGUUAAGAAUAACUGAAAAGAGAUAAAAACUAAAAACUUUAUUAUAGGGACAAGUGAUAGUUUAAAUCUAAUAUUUAGUUAUAUUCAUUGCGUAUAUGUGUAUUGAGUGAAUGCCGAAUAUAUUUUUAUUAUAAAGGGAAAAAAAUUCUAAGCGCGUUAGUUUUCGCGUUGAAUUGUUGUAUAGACUCAGACUAUAUUUGUUUCAAAUUUCGUGUAUAUAAGAAAGCACAGCGGCUGUUUAGCUAAGAUUUUUACAAAAAAAAAACGCAGCGAAAAAAAUUUAUCGAAAUCAAAAUGAAGCGACACGGUGAUGAUAUGUCCAAUAAAAAUAAACGAUUCUCAUUUACAAGUGAUAAUCGUCCACCGAUACCUCAAUCACCAUCGAGCAGCAACUCAUAUUAUUCAUAUCAAUCACCGAUGUGGGUCGAUCCUCGGACCGAUCCAAAAAAUCAUGCAAAUAUGAAUAUGUAUCAGCCGCAAAAUAUGAUGAUGCAAUGGAGUAGUCCAAGUGCGGCAUUAUACAAUCCGAUGCAGCCACCGCCGCCACUGCCUUUGGACAGACCUCCAAUAGAGACGCCACCACCCCCUCCACCCCACAAUUCAAUGAAUUCACGUCGAAAUCCAAAUAUGGGCAAUAAUAUGCGUCGCACACCCUCUAGAAAUUCACUUCGACCCGAUCAACAGGGGUAUAUGAAUUUAGGGCCAUAUAAAAAGAAUAUAAACCAUCACAGUCAACAAAAUCAUCAAAAUCAUCAAAAUCAUCAGAAUCACAAUAAUCAGAAAAAUGGUUCAAAUCUUAACUCAAGUAUGCCGGGCACAUCGUCCAAAUCAAAUAAACCGAAUGACGGCAAACCAGAAGAUAAUAAUUCCCCAAAACCCACACUCAAGGUUAAUAAAAAAGCACGUAGAAAACCAAUGUCUGAACGGUACACAUGCAAAAAAGAGUGGAACAAAGAAGACGCACAUAAAGCAUUAACAUUAGAAAAUGCAUAUAAUCAUUUAAUAAAAAAGGUGCCCAUGUUAAUUUUACGAUUCCCUGAUCCUGAACUCAACAAAGCAUUAAUUCACUCAUAUUCACCCGCAAUUGAAACAGUUCAUUUUCAACAACCAUCCCGAGCCCGAUACUGUUUCGUACAAUUAAAACCCGAUGCCGAUAUCGAACAAGUGAAAAAAGAAAUUUCACAAAUCGAAUUUGGCACCGGUAAAAUAUCCGUGGAAAAUAAAAUAACUCGUCAUGAAGUUUCUGAAGUAACGCCCGAGCAACUAGAUCCAUAUACACUGUAUGUUGGUAAUUUACCAACAAAAUUAAAUGUUACAGUUUUCAAAGAGAAAUUUCCAACGGCAAAACGAAUUGAUAUUGGUUAUGCUCAACGUACAAAAUUUACGCGUUACGCAUUUCUUCACUACGAUUCUGUCGAAGAUUCAAUGGAAGCAUUUAAAAGUACAUAUAAUUUAACAAUCGACGCCAGAAGUCUGGUUGUUCGAUUUAGACGCAACAAAGGCAGCGUUGGUUUAUCAGAAAAAGGCAAAAAAACCAAAAAGGAGGAAGGAGAAGGCACUGAUGGUGAUAAAAAAGAAGUUAAAAAACCAUCAGGUGCACCACUCUUUGACGAUGAAAUGGUUGAUAGCAAAGCAAAUGUUAAAGAGAAGGCAGAAGAACUGCGAAAACAAGGCUAUGGACUUAACGCAUCAAAUGAUACUCUUCUUGGUACUAAUGUUAAACAAGAGCCAGUCUCUGAGGACGAAAAUAAUUCGGAAGAUGGUUUCUGUUACGAUGGAGACAACGAUCCAUACGAUGAAGAAGAUGCUUUUGGCCAUAGUGAUUUUGACGGCAGUGAUAAUGAUUAUGACGACGAUAAUAAUGAAUAUGAAAACUCUGGAUCAAAGAGUUAUGGAAGCCAACAUUGGGAGCUGAAAAGUGCUCCAAAUAUAUCAAAUGUGAAAGAGGAAAAGCCUGAUGACUAUGCAGAACCCCCACAGAAAACGCCAGAAAAUAAGGAAACCGACACAGACAAAGACAACGACAACGACGAUGCUGAUGACGAUCUAUUUGACGAUUUGAAUCCCGAUGAUGGCUUGGAUGAUGGACUGGAUAUUGGAUUAGACGAUUUAUAAGCGCCAACUUAGCACAUUGCACAAUAUGCAAAUCAUAUGUUCGAAAUUGUUCUAUCCAAUGACCUUUUUUCUUUCUUUUUUUUUAAAUUCAAAUAGCAUACUUCUUUUUUUUAUUGAAUAA